UUAUUAAAUCGUCGCUGUGAGAAGUAUUUGUUGUGGGUGUUUUGGUUUCCACGCCCACCUGUCUGUGCUAUAAUAGCUGCCUGCAGCCGGUAACGGUGACACAGUAGCAGUCUCCUUCUCUUCCUCCUCUUCCUCCUCCUCCAAUGGAGAAACUCAAUACAACCGUUUCAGUGAAAAUGGAGGCCAACAUUGUUGUCCUUGGCACUGAGAGCGUUGGGAAAUCAGCGCUGACUGUGCGCCUCUUAACGCGGAGAUUCAUUGGAGAAUAUGGAGACAUUGAAUCCAUCUACAGUCACAGUUUUAUCGUAAAUGGGAGGGAGAUGACUUUCAAUAUUUGGGAUUCACCCUACUCUGAGGGUUUAUCUACAGAGAUGUCACUUUUCCAUAAGAAGGUCCAGUGGGCAGAUGGAUACGUUCUGGUCUACAGCAUCUGUGACAGGGCCAGUUUCAACACCGUCAGCAGACUCAUUCAGACCAUCAAGUCCACCAAAGAUUACCAGAGUGCAGAUAAAGCGCCCAUAGUGAUUGUGGGUAACAAAAGAGACCUGGACCACAGACGUACAGUGCUGAGUGAGGAGGGCCGGUUGCUGGCUCUUAACACGGGUUGCCUCUUCUACGAAGUGUCGGCAGCAGAGAACUAUCACAGCGUGCUGACGGUUUUUCACGGGCUGGUGGACAGGAUGAAGGACGCCAAACUGACCUCAAAGAGGCAUCUGAGGUUCAGGGGCAUUGUGAAAAGCAUGUCUGCAGUGUUUGCCAGGAGACGGACAGACUCGCUUUAGUAAGACUGUGACAGAAGGGGAAGGAGAGGUCAUUGUCACUGUUUGUAUUUGACUGGAUGGAAAUGAGAAUAUGUUGGUGAAAACCACUACAGAUGGAUCUGCUUUCAACAAGAGAACUCUGGAGAAGAAAAAAGCCAUUAAGCUUCAAAACACUUGGACACAAACAUUUUCAUAAGGGUUGCACGAGUUCCCGCACGUGAUGAAAAUAUAUUAUUCCUUAAACAGAGACUUGACAUGAAAUAAAGUACAGUUUACAGAAGGAUGCUUUAUGCCCUAUUCACACAAUGAAUGUGCCUUUAUUUAAGAAGCUUGUGCCAAAGAUAUUGUGUUAAGAUUCAAAACUUUUUUUUUAAACAAAUGUCAUUUAAAGCCAGAAUAUGCAGGAGAGAGAAAAUCCAGAAAACUAGAACAAGACAAACAUGUAUGUUUUCACCUCUUUUUAUGUUUUUUUUGCUCUUUUGUUAACAUACCAAAAGAGAAAAACAUUAAAACUCUACAUGACGCUUCCCUGGAUGAAGUCCAUAAUUUUUAGAGUUGUAAAACUGGUGUGUGAGAGGGUUGUUGUAGAAGACAGGCGUGUAUGUUUCAAAAAGGGAAGAAUCCAGUGCAAAUCCCUCAAAUGUCCUCAAAUCUCUACAUGCAUGUGAAUGAAAACCAUGUUUGUAUUUAUUGGAGAAAAAAAAAGUUACAUUGUCUCUGAGGUUUUAUGCCCUGACUUCAGUGUAUGUCACACAAAACAAUUUGUCUGAAGUUUUAUGGCUUGUACUGUCUUUGAGUAGAAGUUAUAUUAAUUGUAAAACUUCCAGUAUUGUGACUGAGUACUGAUCCCUGCUUGAUCAUAACUCACAUGGAGUGAUAUUCACUUUUGAGCAAGUCCACAUCUGUUAGAGACUCAGUCAUCCUAAAGGAUGAAAGUUAAAAGACAUGAACCCAGAUAUGAAUGAAGGAUAGUCUUCUUCUACAAUUGUCUCUCACAAUUACAGAGCUUUCAUUUCUACUUUAACAUGCAGCCUUAAUGGAGCGUUUGGGGGCGUUGACAUUAGCCAUACAGUCUAAGUUUUGUAUUGACUUCUACUUUUCUGGUGGAAUUAUUGAUGCUAUAUUCAGAAUGGUGUGAAAAUGCAAAAAUCUGUUAUUUUUGUGUGUUUAACAAUUAGUGACAAUAAUAAUAAAAACCAUCAAUACAUAUAAAACAGCAGGGGC